UCCUUCAACAAGCCAACACAAUCCUCUAAGGAUGGGUUUGAGGCACCAUUAUUGAGAGCUCCUGAACUAUAGGAUGAAAAAGACCAGGCACGGCCAACAAACAGCCAGAUGGCUCACCAUCCCACGGGCCACUGUCCCACCCCGGUUCCUAUAAACCUCGCGCCAUUGCGGGCUGAAAACUCCAACGAAAUAUUGCAAGCAAGAGCUCUCGAUGGGUAACAGCACUGCUCCCAAUAGCGUCCCACUCAUGACUACUGCAGAGCAAAACAAACUUAAUCGCUCUCGCCGCCCUCCACUCUAUGAUUCGCCGGAGGAAAUGGCUCUGCCGAUAAAGAAAAGGAAAUUGUGCUUGACUGAAAAUGCAGUAUGUAAUGAGAAAGAGUUGGAGAAUUCGUUCUGCAAAUUUGGGGACGAUCAGAAGAAGGUUCUUGAAGUAGGUGGAGCAAGAUUGCAGGAUGUGGGUGUGGCCUUUAAUAAUGCAAGUGAUGGGACUUUACGUGAAAAGAAAGACGUGAAAAUUGAAGAAGUUUGGAGUCAUCAUCAGCAAGGAGCCGGAGGUAAUAUGAAAACUUGCGGUAGCUAUAUAGAGAAAUUUAAAGAAGAUAAGGAUAAAACACCUUGCGCUUCUCAUCCUGAGUACUUCAAGGAUAGACCAAAGUUGUCAAACAACCACUCCUUAUUAAAGAUGAAAAAUCUUAGAGGUUUGAUUCCUAGUUGCAAAUUCCAUUAUGUCAGAAGAAGGUCAUCGUUUUCAUGCAAAAUUGAAGAUAAAAAUACAGAUGCUAGUUUAUAUUUACCAAAGGAGCAUGAUUCAGAACCAAAGAUUGAUGUUGCUGCCAAUAGGAGAGCCUAUUUGGCUAUACCAAUAUCAAUGGAAGCUACUCAAAUUGGAAUUAUUCCAUUAGUCUCUCAAAAUUUGGAGAGAACAACAACUAGAAGUGAACCUUCUCAUGUUUCUCGAGUUGAAAGAAAGCAUUCCGACGAUGGGACACAUAAUAUAGAUUUCAAAGGCUCAACAGGGACUAUACAAGAUUUGGAAGUAGGGAAAAAAAUCAUAAGAACAUAUGUGAGAAAUAAGUAUCGGAAACCUCUCUUCAAAGGCUUAACAGGGACUAUACGGGCAUUGGAAGUAAGUCAAAUAAUCACGAAAACAUAGGUGAAAAGAAAGUACCGGAAACCUUUCUUCAAAGCUUAAAUGCUUGAUCUUGAUGCUUUGCAUCUCUUGGCAGAUACAGCUGUGAAUCUUGGAUGAGGAAUGUAGCGACAACAGAUUACCACCUGCUAAAGCCAUGGAAAUAUUUGAGCAUGCAGCCAGAGACUUGCACCAUCAAUGCUCUGAAAACCUCCACAUCUACAAAGAAAUAGGGGAACCUAAAAGCAUCAUUAAGACUCAAGUCUUGUCUCUUGCAAGAUCACCUGCUUCAAACUUACUGGUGCAAUUUUACUUUGCCGAUCCAAGCAGAAUAAGCUUCUGAGGUUGUUUCUUUCCUUGCCUCAAUAAGCAAAUACAACAGGGAUGAUCAGCAUUAUUUUGGUUAUUCUUGUACAAGGUUUGCUACCAUUUUUGCACUUGUAUCCCAAAGUGGGCUAUUCUUUUUUGAUUUAUACAUAAUAUAUUUAUAAAUACCAUUGGAGCUAUUGGCCAGUACAUGUUUGUAGUAAUCGAGCUUUUUUUGCCCAAUAUAUGAAGUUUGGCAGUUGCCACAUUAGAAAGUAAUUUCGUGAACACUUGUCC